AUGAUGUGCAAAGCGCUCAUCCUGACGACGCUGGUACAUAGAGCGGAGACCUGGACGGAGAACAUGAGGCAGGCGCGAAGGCUCAAUCACUUCCUCCUCAGCUGUCUUCGAAAAAUACUAAAGCUGAGGUGGCAGCACCAGAUGCCGGACACAGACGUACCGGAACAUACGGGAAUCCUGAGCAUCUACGCCAUGCUGAGACAAUUGCAACUACGCUGGAGCGGCCACCUCGUGCGGAUGGAUGAAGAGCGGCUACCCAAACGACUCUUCUAUGGAGAUAUCGCCGCCGGCUCCUGCCGACGAGGACAAGUCCGGCGCAACAAGGGCACUCUGAAGACUUCCCUGAAGAGUCCGCAGAUCAACCCGGCAAACUGGGAAGAGCUCGCCCGGGAUCGACCGGGCUGGAGGAGGACAGAGAAGACAGGCGCAGCGAUCUACGAAGUCGACAGAAAAACCGCCGCCAAAACCAGAUGA